AUGUCUGUUGAGAACACCCAGAAGCCUGUUAGCGGCGAUGCCGUCGCCCGCCCAGACAAGGAACUCAAUGUCGAGGAGAAGCAUGCGGGGCAAGAUCUCGACACAGGGGACAUGAUCGACACUUCUGAUUAUACCCCCGAGCAGUACAAGAGGAUUAGAUGGAAGGCAGACCUUUACCUGAUGCCUUUGCUUUUCUUCAUCGAUGGUAUCCAAAUCGUCGACAAGAACGCCAUCAGUAUCCAGGCAGUGUUUGGCAUGCGCGAAGAUACUGGUCUCCACGGCCAACAAUACCAGUGGCUGACUACGAUUUUCUACCUGGCAUACCUGAUUGGUGAAUUCCCAUCAGUCUACUUGUUGCAAAGAUGGAGGGUGGGCUGGACCUUGAGCUUCUACAUGCUGGGUUGGGGCGUCUCCGUCAUCUGCAUCAGUGCCGCGCAGAACUUCGCCGCCCUGAUUGUGUUGCGCGCUCUACAGGGCUUCUUCGAAUGUGCCGUCAAGCCCGGAUUCUUGCAGAUCACCGGUGCCUGGUACAAAACCGGAGAGCAUUCCAGCCGCUCUCUCCUUUGGCAGUCUUCCGAAGGUGUCAUUGCCGUCAUCUGCAACUUGAUUCUAUAUGGCAUCGCUCGACACGCGGAAAACCACACUGGCCUUGCCGCUUGGCGCUGUGUCUCGCUGUUCUUGGGCUCCCUCACCAUUGUUGGUUCGAUUUGGAGUUUCUUCGUCCUGGGAACGGUUCACGAAGUGCGAUGGUUGAGUCCAGAGGAGAAGCGUAUCGCGACUGCCCGUGUUAUUGAGAACGGUGCCGGUCAAGACACCACCGGCAAACGAUGGGAUUGGGAUCAGGUGAUCGAGGCAUUGUGCGAUCCUCAAUUCUACUUCUCGUUUCUCAACACCUUUGUCACCUGCAUUCCUAAUGGUGGCAUCACCUCGUUUGCAUACCUCAUGUAUCAAUCCUUCGGCUUCGACUCAUAUCAGUCUAUGUUGUACGGCCUUCCGCGUAUUUCGGUCUACACGGUCGUCUUCAUUAUUGUCGCGUGGUGGACACAAAAGGUUCAGAACCAGCGUCUCUGGAUCACGCUGCCCUGCUGUGUUCUGCCAUUUGUGGGAAUGCUCGUCAUGUCGCUAUUACCCAAUGGGCCAGAGUACAAAUGGAUCAAAUGGGGCAUGUUCAUGUGCACCAUUGUCUUCAGCCUUGCCACCUUCCUGGCCUGGAGUUUGCUACCCUCCAACUUUCUCGGGAAGACGAAGUAUUCCUUUUCUUCGGGAAUGACCCUGAUCGCAUACUGCACGGGCAACAUGGUCGGUUCGCAGGUCUUCCGCACCAAAGAUGCCCCUCGCUACGUUUUGGGCACCAUCAUCUGUUCCGCCUGCUUUGGACUGCAAUUUUUCAUCCUCCUGGGCUGGCGUCUGUACUACACGUGGGAGAACAAGCGCCGGGACCGCCUCAUGGUUGAGAUGGGCGUUUCCGAGGAAGACCGCGUGCGCCUGGCUAGGGAGCUUGGUGAGCAGGGCAAGACUGAUCGCCAGAACAUCUAUAUUCGGUAUGCCAUGUGA